AUGUUUCGGUGUUUGUGGUACAGUAUAUGUUUUAGUAUGUUUUACUGUAUUGAACUAUGAAAAUACUGCAGCUGUUUGGAUCAUUACAAGCUGCUACACAAUGUGUUAGACACUAUAUAUUACUUACUAUCUUGAAAAUACUGUUGACAAUACCCCUAUAAUUGACCAAAUCUGAUCUACCGUGCCAGUCAUAGCGAACAAUUAUCGACUUAGUGCUUAAAUUAUCAUAGAUUAGCCCCAAAUCGUAUCUUUUGACUUACAUUUUGAGGUUUUUACAUAGAAAAGUCUUUUCAAAAUUUAAUAUUUACAUUCCCACGAUCUUUCGCUAAACAAAACAAACCCAUCCUUUACUUAAACAUUUAAACUAACAAUACUUUAGGCGACGUUUUGUUUAUUCCACACUGCAUUUUUUGGUCAUAAAGUUUUGGUCAAAGCAUUGUCUUAAUGCCACUUUUAAUUCUCAAAUUUUAGAAAUCGUAAAAUACGUUUUACAUACCUCUGCGUUUUAGAAUUUCAGAUAGAUCAGCAAUCUAGUCCUUUAUCUAAUACAAAGCAAAAAGUAUUAGCUUAUAUAAAUCAUGUUAUGUUUUCCGUAUAAGCUUUUUUUCUACCCUUUAUGCGAUUAAAAACACAAAUCCAAACUCCCAAUCGUUAUAUUUGUUCCCCAACGCAUAUUUUACAUUCGUUUACUCAGCCCAUAUGCGGUCUCUGCACUCUCGAGCUUAGGCCGCGAUCUCGCUUUUCAAAGUGUAAUUAAUCUCCGCCGUUUUUUUUAAAGUCUUAUUUUAAAAUUCGCGUACCUUUAGCUACAGUGAAAACGGUGUAAAUUAUUAUACCCAAGUUUGUACUCAAAUCUGUGGCCAAUUAAUAACAUUUUGAAGUUGUAAUUACUUUUUAAUUGCGAAUAUUUAACUGUAAAAUAACUUUAUAUAUUCAUUUUGCAUAAAUUCUUUGACUACAGCUUUUAACUUAUGUUUUUCUUACUUGAACUGUGCUUUACAUAUUUCUCAGUACCAUAUCUAAACAUCAUAAUACUUUUUAAUAAAACGCCGUGACGUUCCCUUCAAUAUUACCCAUGUGAAUAUCCUUUUAACCGGAAAUGUUUCAGAGGACAGAAGCGCAAUCCAACUUGGCCUCAAAUCAGCGUUUCUAAACCUCACCCAACUUUGUCCCCACCGUUCCACCCCAAGUGUCACAACGCCGCGCAAACCGAAAACCACAAAGGUCGAGGCGCCAGCCGCCUCGGCCGAAUCCAUCUCGGAUGAGGUCAGCCGAUCAUCACUGAACGAGUCCCAUGUCUCGGCCCACGAUGGCACCAUGCCCGGCUCUCCCAUGACCGAAACCGGAUCCUCGACGUAUGUUUUUGUUAAUCUUUCCAGCUUAUUAGUCGGAUUAAUAGAUUGGUGGUUUAAUGGGGGUCAUUAACGUUCCUAAAAGAAGUAGUUAUUCAAAAAGCAAAAUCUUAUAGGUUUAUAGAAGAAUGACAUUAGAGGUCAAUGCUUUAUGAAUUUUCUUGUUUCAAACCCCACAUCUAUGUUAAUAUUAAACUUACCAUCAGGGCCGGGCGGGGACUUUUGGUCUGGGGGCAGGGGUCCGGAAAAUCGGCACCUGUGGCGAUUUUUUGCGAAAAUUUUUUUUCCAAUAAUCCACAGGGGGGAGGGACCACGUUCAAAUUUUUUUCGAAAAUUUUUUUCUGGAGGGGGGGGUACCCCCCCCUCCCCCGUCCUCCCCCCCUCCCCCCCCUCGCGCCCGGCCCUGCUUACCAUACUCGAUAGAUCAUAAAAUGUCCAGAUUUAAACCUUCAUUUUGAAAAACAAAGAAAUGAAAAGGAGAUUGCCGCUUUCUUUCGAUGUCCAUAAAAUCAGUCGAUCUUUUGCCUCGGAACCCGCAAUUCAAUGGCUCUUCUUUAUGUUUACGCUUUUUCGGACACUUAUUUAGCCUUUUGUUAUUAGAUUUAUCUAUAUAUUAUAACGUUUACAAAAAUUUGUAAAAGAUCAUUAUGACAUAUUUUUUGGAAUUUGGGCAAUCUUUUAUAUUUUCGGUAAUUUCCUUUUUUUUCCAAAAUGGUUUGCAGAAGGAGUUUGGACGAAAAUGAUGAGCCUUUUAGCAGGUAUAAUUGUCCUUUCUUUACAUUAUUUUGUUUUUAGCCACGAGCCAACCGACUUCUCGGCACUGAAAGAAGAUGAAGGUAAUCUGGAUCUGGAUGAAGAAAUCGAGGUUCAUCCUCAACAUUCGAUACUUGCCGGCAAUGGUAGGGGCUUUUAAAUGUUAAUGAGAUUUGCAUUUUUUAAUUUCUAAAAGUUUUUUAGCUAAAUUUUUGGAUAUUAUUAUUUUAGGUAACAAAAUUUUUAAAAGUUGGUUUAGAUAACAUUUUUGAGUUUUUGCAUGAAAAACACGGCUUAAAGGUUGUAAAAAGGGUAGCAAAAGAGGGGUAAUUUCAGAGCUUAAUCUGAUUAUUAAAGUUUAAUCUUGUUGUUGUUUUCAGAUGCAUCAAGGCAGUUCAUUAAGCGACCUCUCAAUGCCUAUAUGAUUUGGACCAGGCAUGCUCGUGAUAACAUUCUAAAAGAGAAUCCUCAUCUGAAGAUGAACGAAGUGUCUAAAACGGUAUGUUAAUGUUUUAGCUUUAAGGGAUGUUAAUUAUCUGGUUUUACUUAAUUGGUAGUUAUGGUUAAUAUAAUUAUUACUUUAUAUCAAGUUGCAUUGCAUGAAUAGUAAAGUAAUUUUGUUGAAAUGUGGUUAUUACUUUGAAUAUUGUCUUGUAUUUUAUUGCUUUACAAUUUUAGAGGUAUAUUUUUGUACUUUUCGGCCUAAAAAGUUGUUUUUUUUGUACGAAUAGGGUAUUUAAAAUUUUCUACAACAAUUUAAAAUUUUUUGUGUACUUUAAGACGUCUGUAAAUUUAUAUAAAAGCUUUAAAACGUAUAUGGUUUACAUAAUUUAACAAAUUUCAUUUCAGAUGGGUGAAAUGUGGAAAAAACUGCCUGACGAAGACAAGAAACCCUUCUUUUUAAUGGCCAGAAAAGCCGCGGCCAAGCAUAAGAAGGCUCUGGAGCUCAAUCCUAAAUUGGCAUACGUGCCGAGCAAAAAGAAACACAAAAAGAAUGAAAAGAAAGAAGAAGAAGCAAAGGAUGAGAAGGAUGAUGUUGCCUAUCCGACGCCCAGUGCUUCUCCUAUUCACAAUGGCAGGCCUUGUAAGUAGUGGUUUCAGAAUUUACAUUUUUUAUUUUAAACUUGAGGUUCAUUGUUUUAAAGUUUAUAUUUAUAACAUAAAAUAGUUCAAAUUAGCUUCAAACUUUGUAAAAUACUAUCUAAAACAAUAUUUUACUUUUCAGUGCAUCAAAAUGUAGUGGAGAACACGCGUCCGGGGCCAUACCCUCAGCCAGCGACAAUUGUGCGCACUCCCAACACACAUUACCAACAACCUCCAUACACUCAAGGCUACGAAUAUCGGCAGCCGGUUCAGAAUGGUGUCUACCAAUAUCCACCUCAAUAUAAUCAACAGUCUCAAGUUAGAUACGGUAGGUUUUGGCUACUCUAUAUAUUGGUGGUUUUAAAUCUUUUUUAGGAUCAAUACUUUUUGUUUUUGCGUAUUUUUUCUACUUUUUAAGUUUUUUGACGUAAAGGUACCUUAAGAUGACAUAUAAAUUAGUUUUUUUGAAAAAAUUAAACGUUUGUUUAUGUUUACAUCUACGAAUUGGGGAUAUUGCGGUAAACAAAUGCCAUAUUCAGCUGUUUUUGUAACAAUAAUUUUGGAUUUUGUUGAGCCGCUCUAAUUGCAGUAUAAUGUAUUUUGAAAAACAUCAAAAAUGAUUUGGUAUAUUAUUAAAUUUUACGAAUUUAAAUGUAAAUUUUCAAUUUUUAUUGUAAUAUUUUCAGUGCAACACAGUUACGGGUACCAGAACGGCAGCGGAGUACCAAUGAACUACCCCACCAAUCCAUACUACCCCGCCCAACCUCAAGGCCACAUUAUUCAGAAUCCGCGCGAUCCGUCGCAGAAUCUGGUCAGGAAUCCGUUCGCCAUUUCGUAUUCGGACCCACCAGAGCCAGUCUACGAGCCAGAAUCCGUGGACUUGUACCGUGAACUCUACUACCGGUCGUUGGUGCAGCUACAGUUCCCGACGAAACAGAGCGGCGAUCCAGAAUGCUUGUCUCCAGAAUUCUAUCUUCAACGGUACUACGCGUUGGGUGGUACCGACCCACCGCGAAGGGUACCACCGAUGAAAAACAACAUCAACAACAGCAAUGGGCUGGUCUAUCAGGAACUGUAA